AUGGCGGAAGGCGACGUGGGUGGGUCCCCCCCGCGCGACCUGCUGGAUCGGUACAAAAACAAGUACCGCAAAAUAGACCUCGACAAGGCAAAGGGCAUCUUGCAGGAGCACUUUGGCAUUGCGGAGUUCAAAGAAAAGCAAAUGGAGUGUCUAAACGCAAUUAAAAACUUUGAACAUGUGCUUAAUAUCAUGCCAACAGGAGGAGGAAAAUCACUCAUAUACCAAGUAACCCCAUUACUAAUAGAAGGAAUAAGCAUAGUGAUAAGUCCGUUAAUCUCCCUUAUGCAUGACCAAACAAAGUCCCUGCGGACAAAAAAUAUAGUUGCAGAAACGAUUAAUAGCUCCCACAAUAAAAAAGAAAAUGAAAAAAUCUUGAACCUUCUUAAGGACUUUAAUAAUUGUGAUAUAAAGGUUUUGUACAUAACCCCAGAGACAGCCACUAGUGAUAAUUUUAUGCUAAUAUUGAAGGAGCUUUACAUGCAUGAAAAGAUUUCUUUAAUAUCCAUUGACGAGGUACAUUGCAUAAGCACUUGGGGGUGCGACUUUAGGAAGAGCUAUCGCAAUUUAAGCAAAGUGUUGAAGGCGUGUCCCUACGUGCGCGUGUACACCUGCACGGCCACCGCCACCAAGUGCGUGGAGAGGGACAUCAUAGUGAACCUGAACUUAGAUGGACGCUGCGCGGAGGAGGUGGCCAGCAGGAGGGAGCAGACUAAUUAUCAAGUGAAUGGCCUGGCGAGCGAUAAGCAGCUUCAUAUACUUAGGGACGCCCCACGCAAGAGCAAGCCGAACGAGGGGGGCACCCUCAACUCUCUCCGAAUCGUACGCACGUCGUUCAACAGACCCAACCUCAAGUACGUCAUCGUGUACAGUGAUUUGAUCAACACAGAAAAAAAAAAAAGCAUUUUUCACAUCAUCCAGGAGAAAAGAAAUGUGGACAAAAUAGGUAUCAUAUAUUGUUUUAAAAGGAACACCUGCGAUGAAAUUUCAAAGUACUUAAGACAGCAGGGAUUCCAAGCGUUGAGUUACCAUGCUGGAUUGAGCAACAGCGCAAGGAAGAGAAUACAAGAAAAGUGGGUCAACGGAAAUGCAAAAAUUUUAGUGGCUACUAUAGCCUUUGGAAUGGGUAUCGACAGGAAGGAUGUGUCUUUUAUUAUUCAUUUUAAUUUGCCCACGUCAAUUGAAAAUUAUUAUCAAGAGUCAGGGCGUUCUGGAAGAAACGGAAGCGUGUCCUUCUGUUACUUAUACUAUUGUAGGGAGGAUGUACAGAAGCUGUCCUACAUCAUUCGAAGCAAAUACGCAAAUGUGGACAUGGGGGACCUCACCCUGCAGAAGAAGUACGAGCAGGAAAUAUACAACCUCCAGUGCAUGCACAACUUGUGUGUUCAGGAGAAGUGCGUGCGUUCACAGAUCCUGGCCCACUUUGGAGAGCACUCGGUCCCGAAGGGGGGUAUCGGUAGCGGUAGCGGCGGUGGUAGCGGUAGUGGUAGUGGACAUGGCGACGACGACGACUACUGCUGCUCGUACUGCUCCGACGUGAAAGGCUCGAAGAACAAAAUCGAGCGAGUCAUGGAAAUGUACCAAGGGGCACCCUGCAACAUCCAGUCCAAUGACAACAUAACGAGUAUAAACCACGUGAACUCCUUCACCAGCGUCGUCCACAAGAGGAAGCAUGAGCUAAGUGACUACUCCGAGUCGGACAAGGAACCUGAGCUAGGUCAGUAUAAAUUAUCAAACAAAAAGAUUAAAGGAUUUGUUCCCUUCCAGAGUGCAUCAUCCAUAAUUCCGAAGGAAAUUCGAGACAAGGGCAUCAUUGAAGUUAUGAAGGAGCUGGAGAAGAGGGAAGAGCUCAUGGGGCACAAGCUAGACAAAAGGGAAGCGCUCAUGGGGAGCAAGCUAGACAGAACGGAAGGGCUCAUGGGGAGCCAGCUAGACAGAAGGGAGGGGCUCAUGGGAAACACGCUGGAGGAGCGAGCCCCGAAAAUCGGGAAGAUGUUGCAUUCCAUUUCCCACUUCACUAACGUGAAAAAGAACCCCGUGUUUUCGUCCUUUAAGGUUCCUCGCAGGUUGUGA